AUGUCGUCAUCUGAGAGCAACAACGAUGAGCUUGCGCAUGCAAAGGCCACCUGGCUCUCCGUACUUGAUGCUCGUAUCCCACCAGAAGGCCAUAUACUAUCCCCCGACAGUGCUGGGAAAGUCGAUGACGAAAUGAAACUGCUGGACGAAAUCACCGUAAUAGCGAAGAGACGGCGCAAUGGGCACGUCUCCUGGCUGUGCAGGCUACCCGUGGAGGUCAUCGCCUUAAUUCUCACCGAAGUCAAAGGAAGCUGGGAGCCAGGAAUGAUCGGGCGCCCGCCGCCGUCGACCAGUACAGAUCUGCGUGAACAUGACGUUUUUUGGGGCCUGGAGGCUAAGCUGCCUUUAAGCGAGAGCCGCAAGGCGACGCACGACAGACUUGGCUGGUUGAAUGUGACCUUUGUAUGCACUAUGCUGAGAAAGGUCGCCCUGGCUUUGCCAUCGCUAUGGUGCGACAUCAACUGUCACACCUACGCGCUACCCUUUCAACAAAUCUUUGAGAAGCGCUCAGCUGGGCAACCUCUUCGACUGCUUUUGAAGUUUUGUGCGGACGAUGUCUCGAUCGCGUGGGCCCAAAAGUGGCUCACAUCCUCAACCUGCCCCCGUCUUCACGGACUCGAGGUCUCAGAUUGCUCGGCGACUACAUUUGUGGAUCUCAUGGCAUCCCUGCCUAUCUUACCCAACCUGACCGACAUCUCAUUGAGUCUCCUCCGCCUGCCACCGGGUGUGGACAUGAAGUUUCCCCUCGCCUCGCCGCAACAGCUCUCGCAUCUCAGCUUCAGGGACUGCUUCCCCAUCCCGCCAAACCCCGUCUACUCCCCUCGUCUCACUCACCUGACAUUAUCCUCGUCGUUGUGGGCGAAUCACACCCGUGUUCCCUCGAUCAAGGACCUGAUCAACAUAUUAUCAUCCGCGACCGGACUCGAGCACUUGCGGCUAGAACACGUCCCGAAGGCGCGCCUUCGAAAACACGAGCGGCCACCGCCUUACGGCUUCCCGCUCCCGUCGUCUUUUCGGAAGCUGGAAUGUCUCGUGAGCGAAGACGUCGUCCCGGCGACCGACUUCUUAAAUUGCGUCCAGAUCCCCUAUGGCGUCGAAGUGGUCUUGGAGACGGAUAGUCUCUCCGACAAAAGCGAGCACUGCAUGGUCGGCAUCAGUGACUUUGCCCGUCUCGUAGACGUCGCGUUCAAGGCUUCCCAAUCGACGCACGACUCGCCGUGGAGUUUGGUCCUAACACUUCGCGAAGCAUACUUGCUGCGUGGAGACAAGAAGUUCAUCCCGGGAGUACGCUCACUGGCGGAUCUCAAUCCGAGGAUGAUCUCUGCCAGGAGCGGCAUGUUGACACGGGCUACUCGUCCUUUGGGAAGCGAGCUGACCGAUGGAGACCUCAACGGCCUCUUUCAACUCCUCCCCGUUGAGAACCUUACUUCCCUAACCAUCAGCGAGGAUAUGACAGAUGCUUUCUUUGCGGAUGAUUUCUCAUUCUUGACUCAGUCGGUCAACAGAGUGUUCGCCGCGCCUGCAGUCCGUCACCUCACCGUGGAAUUGACUGCAAAUACCACACAUAUUUUUGCCAAACUGGCCCAAACUCACGUCGAGGACGCACGCAAUAACGCGGUCGUAUUCCCAUUCCUCAAAACGAUUGGUAUCAUCGUUGGGUCCAACGCUCCAGUGGAGUCGGACGAUAAUUCGCACUUGCAAGAAAGUCUCGCGCCGGUCUUUGCCGCAAUGGCGGCAGCCGUGAAUGCACGCCAGCACUGCAGCGUCCCGAUAGAUGAGCUACGUGUUGAUCGUGAGCUCCGAACCUUCUACGCAUGGGAGUCUGUGACCGGAGCGAGGGUCGUCAUGGUCUAG